AUGUUACCAAAAGAAAAACAAAGAACUUUUGAGUUGGAUAAAAGAAUUGAAAAGGAAAUCAUUCCACGCUCCUAUAAAAGUUCCCAACUGGUUGGUGUUUGUAUGGAAAAUCCUCAUGAAGAACAACAACGAACUUUAUUACAUAGAAUUGUUUUAAACAUUAAAAAGCUUAAUGAUGCUUUAGAAGGUGUUAAUGAUCGUAUUCAG